ACUCCCUCUGUGAUAGGGGCUAUUAAAGCCCCCCUCUCUCUCUCUUUCUCUCACUUGCUCGCUCACUCGCUCAGUGGCAGGAUCGGCCAGGCGCUCGUCCGGCUCCGCACUCUCUCACUCUGCAGCGGCCGUGUCAGUGUGAGUUAUGAGCAGUAAUUACAGCGUGGAGCUGCAGGGCCCCGCCCCCUGGGGCUUCAGACUGCAGGGGGGCAAAGACUUCAACAUGCCCCUCGCCAUCUCACGGGUGACAGACAUUGGUAAGGCAGCUAAAGCUGGCAUUGCAGUAGGUGACCUGGUGUUGACCAUCAAUGGAGUCAGUACGGACAACAUGAACCAUCUGGAGGCUCAGAACAAAAUCAAAGCCUGCACUGGAAACCUCAGUCUUAACUUGCAGAGAGUGCCCAGUGUUCAAAAACCAGCUGUACCUCCAAAGACGACUACAGUGACAAUAAACGCUCCUGCUACUGUUAGUAAAGUUCCAGUUAACAGGAUCCCCCGUAAGCCCAUCACACAGACCGAUAUAGAGUUCUACCACGUUCCCACUCACGCUGACGCCAGCAGGAAGCGCAUCAUGGAGGACACAGAAGACUGGAGGCCAAGGACAGGAACAUCUCAGUCCCGCUCCUUCCGUAUCCUCGCCCAAAUCACCGGCACCGAGGCUGAGGGAGCUCAGCCAAAGGAGACUGAGACUGCUAAGCAGACCGUGAAUGAAGUGUUGCAGUGUGAACUGAGAGCUCAUGUGACGUCACCUGUAAAGACCAUGAUCAAAGGCUCCGGAUCACCUGUUAAAAACACAGCAGGUCUGAUCACUCCCACCUUUGGCUCUGUGAGCAGCAGUCCUCCAUUAGGCCCCGCCCUGGACCGGCCCAUGCCACGCCCACAUCCUAAAGAUGAAGCCUCAUUGGUCCAGAGGGCAGAGCACAUUCCUGCUGGAACACGCACACCUGUGUGUGCCCACUGUGACGCCGUCAUCAGGGGUCCGUUCCUGGUGGCGAUGGGCAGCUCGUGGCACCCUGAGGAGUUUGUGUGUGUGCGGUGCGGAGAGUGUCUGAGUGAGCGGGGCUUCGUAGAGGACGAGGGGAGCGUGUACUGCACACAGUGCUAUGAGCUGUACCUCGCUCCCACCUGCGCCCGCUGCAGCUACAAAAUACUGGGGGAAGUGAUCAAUGCACUAAAGCAGACGUGGCAUGUGUACUGCUUCCUGUGUGUCUCGUGCCAACAGCCAAUCAGAAACAACACCUUCCACCUGGAGGACGGAGAACCGUACUGCGAGAGAGAUUAUAAUGGUCUGUUUGGAGCUGGUUGCCAUGGCUGCGAUUUCCCCAUAGAGGUGGGCGAUAAGUUUGUGGAGGCUCUGGGCUUCACCUGGCAUGAUACCUGCUUCGUGUGUGCAGUGUGCUGCACCAGCCUGGAGGGUCAAACCUUCUUCAGUAAAAAAGACAAACCGCUCUGCAGGAAACACGCCAGCACACCCCAGCCUUAACAGAGAACAGGACAC